UUAUAUUUGAUAUAAUUUUUCCGACCAGAAUUCUUACAACUUUCCGACCAACUAUUAACUCCGAUGACAGCCGUAGAACAACCCAAAAGGAAGAUUCUAGUGGCCGUUGAUGAUGGAGAAGAGAGCAUCUAUGCCCUAGAAUGGUGCUUAAAGAACAUUGUCAACGAUCAGAAUAAUGGUUCCAAAGAUACCCUUGUCCUUCUCUAUGCUAGUCCUCCUCCGGUUGUGUAUGGGGCCAUGGAUGGAACAGGGUAUUUGUUAUCAUCGGACAUCAUGCAUAUAAUGGAGAGACACAAAAAGGAGAUGGUUAAGAGUGUCAUAGAAAAGGCUAAGAUGGUUUGCAAGGAUCUUCAAAAUGUGAAAGUAGAGACCAUGUGGGAAAUUGGAGAUGCAAGGGAUGUGAUCUGCAACACUGCUGAGAAGCUGCAAGUAGACAUGGUGGUCAUGGGUAGCCAUGGCUAUGGCAUCAUCAAGAGAACAUUGUUGGGGAGUGUGAGCAACCAUUGUGCACAGAAUCUCAAAUGCCCUGUUUUAGUUGUCAAGAGGAAGAUGACCACAAAAUAAUCCAAUUGAAGAUAUUAAUUUUCAAAUAAUAACACCAUAAUGUAAGAUCUCAAUCAAUGACCAUGUAUUGCCUGCCUUUUCUAAGAUUCAUAAUGUCAAUUCUGGAGACAAAAUUCUUCACCAAGAACAAAAAUUAAAAAGAGUAAUAAUAGUCAUUCAUAAAUGAAAAAAAAAAAACUAUGGUCUAAUAAUAUGGCCCCCCAUCUUUGGCUACUCAAUAAAAGCUAAAUAAAAACAAACAUGGUA